CAAAGAUAUCUCAAUUCGAAAUCAGUCUAAAUAUGAAUAUGAGGCGCGCCGUUCAAAGACCCAACGUUCAGCAUAUCAUAUAAUGGAGCGAACUAUCGCAAAGAAGUCUUACGAAACGACAUAUUGCGCCGACCCUCAUCCGCGCCGAUCGAUGCACACUGCAGUUAUGCAUAUCAACAGGAAAAUCCGAGAGGAAGCCUCUCAUUACCUGUACACAAAGCAUGCUUUCCACUUUGGAGAAGACCUCGAAGCCUUGGUGCCCUUCCUCACUGAUAAGACGCCACGCACUAGAGACUUAGUCCGGGAGAUCAGCCUCUACAAGCGCAGUCCAACAAAUGUCAUGGAACCAGAUUCAUAUGACUGGUCUUCUGUGUGUCGUUCGCUGCGAAGUUUGCAAAGCUUGGAUAAGUUGACACUUGUCAUUGAAGGCGCUCGGCCACGAGGGCCAUGGGACGGCCCGCAGAGCUUGACGGUUUCUGACUUUCGGCUAUUAUAUACAACUCGUCAUGAAAGCUUGGAAUGGGCGCGGGAACUGGCGUCGAUAGAAACGAUCAAGGAGGUCGUCAUUGUUGCUGAUAUUCACAACCUGCCUCAUCCCGAGUCGAAUAUGAUGCUUGUCCUUGCCGCAUUUUCAUCCUCGAUUGAUACGUCGUUGGUGGACUUUCUUCGCGAUGAUCUGGGGAUUCCUGCGCGAGUUGGACAACCCCAGUAUUGUGGCGUUGGAGUAUUCGGCCGGUCCAGGAGAUGUGAGAGAAAUGGAUGCCUAACGAAUUUGGAAAACUGAAAGAUGCAUUGAAGGAUCUGAAGUAAGGCGUUGAGGAGCUGGCACAGUUGACAUCCAUGUUGCACUGCAAGGAGUUAUUGAAGUUUAUUUAACCAUAACUAAGCAUGAUUGGCAUUGGUUACUUUGUACAUUUCGUUGAUGAAACAUAAUUGAAUAUGAGGAAGAUUGAACGACAGUAAGAUGAAGCAAUUCGAUUAUAAUCAGUGAAUUGAUAAAGUUGACAUAACAUCUUCA